GGACCAGCGCGGCUCCCGUAGUUGGGGGAAAAUGGAAUGGCUCGUCCGACGUGGAGUGGUGCCGUAAAGAGAGGAUGGAGAAAUAGCGUGUAACUCGAGGUUAGCCGUAUUAAGCUUAAAUCGAGGACGGGAUUUCGCUGUGAAUCCCCAGACAGAUCUGGGUUCGCGGGGGUUGACGGACCACAGUCUAUCGCAGACUUGAUCCCUUUCUGUUCCCCCCGCGCUUCCUGCCCUCCGCCCUGCAUCAUGAUAAAAGCCAUCCUAAUAUUCAACAACCAUGGGAAACCAAGGCUCUCCAAAUUCUACGAGCAUUAUAGUGAAGACACCGAGCAACAGAUCAUCAGGGAAACCUUUCACCUGGUCUCGAAAAGAGACGAGAACGUCUGUAAUUUCCUAGAAGGUGGAAUGUUGAUUGGCGGGUCUGAUAACAAGCUGAUCUACAGACACUAUGCCACACUCUACUUUGUGUUUUGUGUGGACUCCUCAGAGAGCGAACUAGGAAUUUUAGAUCUAAUCCAGGUAUUUGUGGAAACGCUGGACAAAUGCUUUGAGAAUGUCUGUGAACUUGACUUGAUUUUCCAUGUGGACAAGGUCCACAAUAUCCUGGCAGAGAUGGUGAUGGGCGGGAUGGUCCUGGAGACAAAUAUGAAUGAGAUCAUUACGCAGGUGGAUGCCCAAAACAAGAUGGAGAAAUCUGAGGCCGGUAUUGCAGGAGCGCCAGCUCGUGCUGUAUCAGCUGUAAAGAAUAUGAACCUCCCGGAAAUGCCCAGAAACAUCAACAUUGGUGACAUCAGCAUAAAAGUGCCAAACCUACCUUCCUUCAAAUAGUGGCAACGACAUGCUCAGUCUGCAGAAGUCGGCCAAUGUUUACCGUGACGCAGUCUGUUUACCAAAACCUCAAAAGGAAAGUUUUCUCAUGAAUAUAAAUCUUGAAGGUACUGUGUGAAUUGAAACUCCUACUUUUGGCGUUAUAUCUUGUUUUCUUGGUUUGAAAUGAAUGUCUUAUGUGGCUUUUUGUGUUUAAGAGAAAAAAAAAGUAUUUAUUUAUCAAUGGUACAUUCCUUCUGCCUCGCCAGAGGCUUGCCCUUAUUUCAGCUGCUACAGUAAAGACCUGGGUCAGUUUCUAGCUCGAAUUCUUUCAGUUAUUUCAUUGUUUACUUUCGGCUGUCUGAAGAGAGUGAUGGGUGAGGGAUGAGUUCUUGGGAUUGUCUGACUGGUUUGGUUGUGCCGGACUAGAGCAGUGAGUCCACCAAUCAGCCAUGGCAUGUGAAUGAAUUGGUUUCAAAUAGAAUAGGUCUGAUCGCUUGUAAUAGCAAUACAAAAUGAACAGAAUAUGUCAAAUAUGCUGUAUGAUGAUAAGAAGACUGUAUAUGCUGAAGUUGAUUUUUUUUUCAUUCAUGUAACGUAUGCAAAAAUAUUUUAAAACAAAUUGUCUUGUCUUAUGAAGUUAUUUCUUCUUGAUUUUAAUCUGUGCAUGACGUUUUUCCUCUCCUUUUGCAAUUUAAUAAAGUAUUCAAUCUUU